AUGCUCUGCUUUUCAGAUAACACCAUCCAGUCGAUUUUCUGUUGCUGCUGCUGCUGUUCGGUGCAGAAGCGGCAAGUGAGAACACAAAUAAGCCUGAGCAAAGAUGAAGAACUUUCAGAAAAAUAUACUCAGCCUCGCAGGCGGUGGUUCAGCAAGAAGCAGCCCAGCAGGGGCCGUGUGCAGCCGUCCAAGCGCAAGCCGCUGCCUCCCCUCCCAGCCCCUGAGGCCGCCGAGGAGGUCAGAGUCAUGGCGCUGUAUGACUUUCUGCCCAGAGAGCCCUGCGACCUGGCGUUGAAGAGGGCAGAGGAAUACCUGAUCCUGGAGAAGUAUAACACUCACUGGUGGAAGGCAAGAGACCGUUUGGGGAACGAAGGCUUUAUUCCAAGCAACUACGUGGCUGAAAACAAAAUAACCAACUUAGAAAUAUAUGAGUGGUACCAUAGACACAUUACCAGAAAUCAGGCAGAACGUCUUUUGAGACAAGAGUCUAAAGAAGGUGCAUUUAUUGUCCGAGAUUCAAGACAUUUGGGAACCUACACAAUUUCUGUGUUUACAAGAGAUAGGAGAACCCUGGAGCCUGUCAUCAAACAUUAUCAGAUUAAAAGGAAUGACUCAGGACAGUGGUACGUGGCUGAAAGGCACCUCUUUCAAUCAGUCCCUGAGCUGAUCUGGUAUCACCAGCACAACGCAGCCGGCCUCAUGUCCCGCCUCCGCUACCCAGUCGGGCUGAUGGGCAGCUGUUUGCCAGCCACGGCUGGCUUUAGCUAUGAGAAGUGGGAGAUAGAUCCGUCUGAGUUGGCUUUCGUAAAGGAGAUUGGAAGCGGUCAGUUUGGUGUGGUCCACUUAGGUGAGUGGCGAGCACAUCUCCAGGUAGCUAUCAAGGCCAUCAACGAAGGCUCCAUGUCCGAGGAGGAUUUCAUUGAAGAGGCUAAAGUGAUGACGCGGCUGUCGCACUCGCGGCUGGUGCAGCUGUACGGCGUGUGCAUCCAGCACCGGCCGCUGUACAUCGUGACCGAGUUCAUGGAGAACGGCUGCCUGCUGCACUACCUGCGCGCCCGGAAGGGGGCGCUCGGCACCGACGCGCUGCUCAGCAUGUGCCAGGACGUGUGCGCGGGCAUGGAGUACCUGGAGCGCAGCCGCUUCAUCCACAGGGACCUGGCGGCAAGGAAUUGUUUGGUCAGUUCUACAAGCAUAGUAAAAAUUUCGGACUUUGGAAUGACGAGGUACGUUUUGGAUGAUGAAUACAUCAGUUCUUCUGGAGCCAAGUUUCCAGUCAAGUGGUCCCCGCCUGAAGUUUUCCAUUUCAACAAGUACAGCAGCAAAUCUGAUGUCUGGUCAUUUGGAGUUUUGAUGUGGGAAGUUUUUACAGAAGGGAAAAUGCCUUUUGAAAAUAAGUCAAAUUUGCAAGUUGUGGAAGCCAUUUCUAACGGCUUUAGGCUGUACCGCCCUCACCUGGCACCAAUGUCCAUCUAUGAAGUCAUGUACCGCUGCUGGCACGAGAAACCUAAAGGCCGCCCUACGUUUGCUGAGCUGCUGCAGGUUCUCACAGAGAUGGCAGAAACUUGGUGA